CCAUUUAAACCAAAGGGCUCAGAAAUGCAUGUCAAAUUAACCCAGUGACUAAUCAUGGUAUUUUGCCUUUCUUUCUGCUUCCAGGCACAAGAUUUAUACGCUCAGAAAACCCUUUUGCUCUGCUCCCUGGGUGCUGAUUUGCUCUUCAGCCCAGAUUUCCUAACACAGUGAGAGAAGAUCACCAAACAUGCUCUGUUGUCCCACGGUCAGUGAGAUCUAAACUUAUCUAAGUUUGAAAUACAAACAAGGCUUAGACAGAAAAAGCAACAGCAAACGUUCGCCUCAUCACUUCCCCCCUCUCAUCGGUUUCUGCUCAACGCCAUGCACUGUCAGCCACAGACGAGCUAUUUGAUCAGCCUGCCGAGAAAGAAGGAGCGGGAGAGACGCCUGAGCCGACGCAAAAUUCCAUGUGUAAAGACUGUCAUCUAGCUCCCACAUCUGUCACAUGAUGGCCAGCCAAGCAGUAGCUCCCCGCAACUGUGGACCUUCCAUCCUUCUGCAUGAAAUGGAAACAAGAAAAGUAAGCAUCCCAAGGCUGAUACUAGGUUCAGCUGUUUUCUCAUUGAGUGAAUGUGUUUAAUUCACUGCAAACGUACUAAGCUAGCCUGCUAGGCUAGGAAAGGGCCUGAUUUUCUUGGUUGGGCUUUUCUCGAAUAGAUGGAGGCUUUGAUGGGCAUUCUUAAAAAGGGACCUAGAAGUUGAUUUGUGCAACUGUUCUAAUUGGUCAUUGCAUUUUAAUUUUAAUAAAUUAGCUUAAAGCAUCGUAUUAUGCACCAUGAGUUACUUCCUGGCCUACUGCAAAGCACACUGCAGUACUGUGCUCUCCCAGUACCAAAUGCUUAGAGCCGAAGGCUUGAUGUGUGAUAUUUUACUGAAGGUGAAGGAAAAUGAGUUUCCUGCGCACAAGUCCCUGCUGGCCUGCUCCAGUGAUUAUUUCAGAGCUAUGUUCAAAAGCUACACAAAAGAAUCCAAAGCCAGUGUCAUUCACCUACAAGUCAUCUCACCAACUGGUCUCCAGCAUGUACUGGAUUUCAUUUAUACCUCCUGGUUGCCCCUUUCUUUCGAGAAUCUGGAGGACACCCUGGAAGCUGCCAGUUACUUGCAAGUGACCGAGGCUAUUGGCCUGUGCAAUCAGUACUUGGUUAACAACCUGACCCUGGAAAACUGCUGUUUUUCUGCCAACAUUGCCACAAAGUUCUAUCUUCCAGAUGCUUUGUUGGCGACAGAAAAAUACAUCAUCAGUAAUCUCUGGAAACUUUUGGAUUUGCAUUUCAUGGAGCUGCUCUUACUGAACUUCAGAUCAUUGAAGGCAGUGGUAGAAUCCCCUGAUGUCCCUAUGGUGAACGAAUCCUGCCUACUAAAUCUAGUGCUCAUCUGGCUGAAGCAUGAUAAAUCCAGGUUGACUCACAGAAGUAACCUAUUAGAACAUAUAAGAUUUGGUCUCAUCCCAGUGGAAGAUCUGAGAAAAGUCUACACUCAGUCAGAAGUGUCUCUCACGACACCUAUUAAAUGCUUGAUCAUAAAAGCAAUAAACUACCAUUCAUUAGUUUUUAAACAGCCCAUCCUGCAGGAUAAGUAUAGCACUCUGAGAAACCAGCAAACGCGAAUCAUCCUACUAGGAGGGGGGACUUCAAAUGAGGGGCUGGUCAGCGAUGUGAUGGCCUUUGAUGUUUACAAUCACAAAUGGAGAACUCUAACACAGGUGCAGGACAGAGUACAGAAUCACUGCAUGUGCGUGAUUGGAAACUACCUGUACGUGCUGGGUGGGGAAACAGCAGAUUUGCAAAAUGACAUGAAAAGCACCAGCUUGUCAGUUACAAACAAGGUCCAUCGUUAUGACCCAAGAUUUAACAAGUGGACCCAAAUCACAGAAAUGCUUGAAAAGAGGUGCCAAUUUUCUUGUUGCAUCCUGGACAACAUGAUCUUCGCAAUUGGUGGAAGAGGCGAGACCGGAUCACUGCAUUCAUCUGUUGAAGUCUAUAACAUUAGCAGAGACAGAUGGAUGAAGGCUACAGAAUUGCCAUGCAAGAUGCAUGGCCAUGCCAGUACAGUGUGCAAGAACACGAUCUACAUCUCAGGUGGCAAAUACACAGAUCAAACCAACACAAGUAAGGAUGUGUUCUCUUUGAGCAGCUUGGAAGGACAGUGGAGAAAGCAAGCGUCCAUGAGCAUUGCUCGAUUUGGGCACCAGAUGGCAACGAUUAGAGAGGCCAUCUUCACAUUUUUAGGACUUUAUGAACCAUUCUCUGAAAUAGAAAGGUAUGACCCUGCCCCAAACCAGUGGACUCGCUUGCGGCCAUUGAUCUAUGAUCGAUUUUGCUAUGGUCUGGCUGUGGUAGAGGAAACGGCACUUCUCAUUGGGGGAAAGAAAUGGCAAGACUCACAGGAGGUGCCAACCCAAGAUGUGGUGGGUUAUGAUAUAGACAAUGACUGCUGGGAAGAGAUUUGCAAACUUCCCUUCCCUUGGUGUGGAUUGCAGUGUGCAGUGCUACAACUCUCAGAAUUGGCAGAAACUAAGGACACCCAGUAAUAGUGGAGCCCAGCUGCUGAGUCAUCGCUUCCAACGGUUGAAGAACAGGACAGCAGGGAAAAAAGAGGAAAAAAGACAAUUGCAACGGCACUAAAUGUAACAGAGUUGAGGGUUUGCUUUAGAAACAGCCCACACAGCGCUUAGGGACCGAAAUUGGGCACUAGAAUGGGGAAAAUGUGCUGUGACUCGUGUAGCUGAAGGCAGGUUUUGCCAAGGCAGAUGUGGCAAGCAGCACAUCCUGAACGGAUGAUGUAGAGGAAUCCCAAUGCUGUACUUCCAUGGAAGCAUUUAAAAGCUGUCUAAAGUCAGAUUUUGCAAGGGUUAAAAAUGUAAUCUCUAUUUUUUUAAAUUAAAGGUCAUUUCCCCAGAUAGUAAGUGGUAUUGGAUUUUAUACUAUAGGUAAGCAAAAUGAAAGUGUAAUAUAUAAAGAGCAGAAAAUUGUUGCCUGUAACAGCUUUAAUAAGUAACACUUAGAGGAUGGUAUUAUUUGAGUAAAUAGCUAAGCGAGCAUGCCUUAGCUAAUCAGCAAGAAAUUACCGCACAGAGAAGAGUGAUUGGAUAAAAUGUAGCCUUAAUUAUGGUUAUAUAUUAAACCAUUGAUUGUUCGAUAUAGGAACUGAACCGAGAGGGGAAGCAACCUUUCGGUGAAAUAGCUUUUGUUAUGGCAUGCCCUUCAGGGUGGGGCUUUAAAGUGUGCUCUGUACUGGCACAGUACAUAUUUGCUGUAUCAAAACCACACAUUAACUGAGGCAGCCAGUUCAGAAUGGGUAUAAUUAUUAUAAGGUACAGUGGAACAUGCAACAAUAGUUGCUAUAUCCAGCUACUUAAGUGAGUACAUCCUGCAUACUGUGUCCUGCUAGAUGAUCAAGAUGAUGGUGAAAUUCUUUUUAACGGUUGAACCAAUACAUGAGAGGGAAACAAAGUAAUAAAAGCUUGACUUUUAUUAAGGACUAAGAAGGAAAGAAAGUUAACUUGACUCCUUGAAAUUCUAUAUUAAAUGCCUGGCUAUACCAGAGAAAGCAAUUGCCUCACUUCGCAUUGGCAAUGCUGACAGAGUAAUAGGGAAUGGAUUGGGAGGACAUUUUAAGGCACUGUAAAAUGCAGUUAUGUGACUAGAUUCCAGAGUCUGAUUAAAGAUUUAAUUUACUCAAAACAAAUUUAAUAAAUAUUCAUUUAAAAGCUAAAUUUAUUUUAGUUCAUUUUGCAAUGUUCCCUUUCUAGCCUGAAAGUUAAUACGGUAAAAAUAUAUCUGUCCAAGAGCAUUUAGUAUUCUAUGAAGAGAAGGCAGCACAAUGAAUGGGACAAAUGUUCUC